AGACAUAUUUACUUUUCUGUGGCCAAAUGGCGGGUAGAGAUCUGAUAAGCAAUUUGCCAGAUGAGAUUCUUGGCAAAAUCCUGUCUUUACUUCCGACAAAAGUGGCAGCUUCCACAUCGGUUCUGUCCAAGAGAUGGAGCAGGGAGAAUCUGCUGCUUCUUGUAGACACCCUUUGUUUUGAUGACUCGGUGGUUGUGUAUCCCACCGGGGAAGAAGCAACUACUGGUUCACAUCUCUUCUCUGAUUUCGUAGAUAAAACACUUGCUCUUCUGCUCACCAACACCAGUUCUCACAUCAACAAGUUAUCUCUAUCGUCUCUGUAUCCUCUGGGCCACGAAGAAUACUCUCAUUGUGCCAACCGUUGGAUAUUGACUGCAUUGGAACACCCUUAUUUAUUGGAACUACACGUGUACGCACCUCACACCCUUUUUUCCCUUAUUUCUAUCGAAACCGACUUAUUCACGAGUAACACACUCGUGAAGCUCACGUUAUCUGGUGCAUAUGAUCUUGAGGCCGAGCGUGUGUUUCUCCCAGUCCUCAAAUCACUUUCUCUCUUAUCAACUUCGAUUGGUCAUGACUACUACUCUCUCCUCAUCGAUGGCUGCCCUGUGCUGGAAGAAUUAUACAUACGUAAUGGUGAUUGUCCCCACUCUUCUGCUGGUUGCGGUACGGACGUGGAAUGUGCAUCCAUCAAGCGACUUGUGAUUUUUUCCAUUCUUCCCUACGACCAACCGGCUCACCGCCGAAUCGUUUAUUUCGAAGCACCAAGCGUUGUAUACCUUGACUACUCUAGCUAUGUCUCCCAACACUAUGAGGUUGCUGAUUUGGAUUCGCUUGUCGAAGCCAGGCUGAGUCUCAGGUUAUGGGUGGAGUACGUCGAUGAUGAUGAUGAUGAUGAUGAUGAUGAAAAAAAGCCGCCUAUAUAUGGUGAUGUUACAGAUCUCGUUGCGGGUAUCCGCAACAUCACGACCCUUCACUUGUGUCCUGAUUCCCUUGAGGCGUUUCAUUUCUGCUGUAAUUCCAUGCCUGUCUUCAACAACCUCCUUAAUUUAUCUAUUGAGAGUAACGAAGAUAAAGGUUGGCAAGUAAUGCCACUUCUGCUCAAGAGUUGUCCAAAUCUACACGCUUUAUCCAUCAAGGGUCUUGUCCACAGAGUAACAAAUAACUGCGGUGAUGCAUGCGCUUGCAUCCCAAAGAACCCGUGCCAAAAGAAGAGGAAGAUUUUGAAGAAGGACAUAUCUUGUUUAUGGACAUGUCAAGUGAAGUUGCUAGAAAUUUCAGAUUAUGGAGGUUCUUCUCAAGAGCUGAGACAGAUGAGUCAUUUCUUGGGCAAGUUGGCAUGCCUUACAACUGUCAAAGUUGGUGUUAUAGCAGCAGACGACAACAACAACAUUAACUUGGUGCGAGCUAGUGUGAUGGCUCUCCCCAGACUUUCAUCAAAGUGCAACAUCCAAUUCAUCUGACCUUUUUCUUUCCUUAUCUUUCUCAUAUCGACGCUGGUUACAAUCUAUUCUGAAACAUUUAUGCGUUUUUUUUGUCAUGUUGUAAACUAGAGGAAUCACAUUUUUCUUC